GUUAGUUAACCAAAUCAUUUCAAGGGAAGAAACAAUUGGUAAACAGAAGUAGUUUUGUGCGUGGGUUUUCGAAGUUUUCCAAAUUGAAAGAGCAGCACAGGCGUACACAAAUAAUCUUAAAAUUUUGCACUACUUGACGUCCGUCACUGCUUUGGAGUUUCACAGAGAGAACGCAAGAAGCGUGCGGGCAUAGCAUUCUUCCAAAUUUUACUCUACUUUCUCAGAUAGGAACACACCGCGCGUGACGGCAUAAGUAACUAAAGAGUAAAGCGAUCUAAGAGAAAAACACACUCACGUCAUGGACAUCAACGGCGCCGGCUCCAUCGCCGGCGAUGCUUCCUCGUCUACUCCAUCCACUGGUUUUACACAAUUGACAGCAUCUGCUUCCCAGUCGUUCCAGCACUUCCUGGAUAAAACGACGCCGCAUGUACUCUACCGUUGGAUCGUGUUCGUCUUUAUCGCUGUCUUGUAUGUAGUGCGCGUGUACCUGUUGGAAGGAUUCUACGUUGUCUCCUACGCCCUCGGCAUCUACAUCCUUAACCUCCUCGUCGGCUUCCUUUCGCCGCAGGUUGACCCGGAGGUCCAGGAUUUAUCCGAUGGCCCGACUUUGCCAACCCGAGAAACUGACGAAUUCCGCCCUUUUGUUCGUCGCCUCCCUGAGUUUAAGUUCUGGUACUCAAUUACCAAGGCUUUCUGCAUUGCCUUCGUGUUAACAUUCUUCAGUGCAUUUGAUGUGCCUGUCUUUUGGCCAAUUCUCCUUUUCUAUUGGAUUGUGCUGUUCACACUCACAAUGAGAAGACAAAUACGACACAUGAUAAUAUAUAAAUAUGUGCCGUUCUCUUUUGGGAAGCAGCGGUAUGAUGGCAAGAAAGCAAUUUCAUCAGAAAGUGAAGAUCUUCUCCCUUAGACUGGAACAUACAGGUCCUCAGCAGCUGCUUAUUCUAUGGAAUACAUCAUGCAGCUGCCAGUUAUCUUUCUUUUCUGCUUCAAUAGCCAAAGAUUUUCUAGGAUAUUAAUGGAAGUGGAAGAAACUGUUAGGGGAAUUAGCAUCGAGGCGAUGAUCGUUGCUUUGCCUCUGGGCGUUGUUCAUAUUGUAUUGAAAUCUUAAUUUUCCAUGUGUGUAGCUUUCUGCAAACCAAUGUCAUAUAGUACCUUCGCUCAAUUUUCCACCUAACUCUGCAGAGAAGCCUGCCAAUGCUUUUGUUA